UGCACCUGAACGGAGCAGGACACAGGGGCUCGUGCGGAUUCUGAUUGGGCUGUUGAGGACUCAGAAAAACAGGUUACGCCAUAUUGUCCGUUUCCGAGGAGAGCGCCACAUUUCUACAAAAAUGACAAAAUAGUGGGUGUCAGGCUUGCUUUAUUCACGUUAGACGCUAAGAUGGCGCACACUGGGGCAAUGGAAGACGCAUCCAUGGAGGGUUUCUCUGCCAAGCAGGGGUCUACUGUCUGCCUGCGAAGUCGACCGUCCUCCAGUGAGAGAGACGGUCAUGUACGGGCUGUCAAAGUCGUUCUUCAGUCUAGGUUGGGGCCCUACGAGCCAGUCCUGACCUAUCUACAGUCCGUCCUGGUGUGGGAGAGACCCUUACAAUGUGUCCUUCUCUACACUGUGGUCAACAUUGUGUUCUGGUUCUUCGCCCUGACCUCACUGCGUCUGCUGUUCCUUCUGGCUUCUGGUCUGGCUGUGAUUGUCUGUGUUGAUACUUGGAGAAACAAGAUCUGGCCAGAAAUUAGAGUCAGAAACCUGGAUGAAUCAGAAAAUGAGAGCUGGGGUCUGGUGCAGCCUGGCAUCCUCAGUGUUCCUGAACUGUGCCACCAUAUUGCUGAGGCCUGGGUCAGUGGAGCAGUUCUGACAUCCAGUGUGGUGCAGUACAAACGACACAACCCUGGAAAGUUUUGCAUCCUGACCUGUGGAGUGUUCACCUGUUUGGCUGUGAUUGGGCGCUACAUUCCUGGAUUGGUGCUCUCCUACUCUGCUGUGUUAGCUACUCUUCUGGCCCCUCUGGCAGCCUACCACAGGGUUUUUCAGCAUGUGUGCGUGAAGCUGGAGCCAGUCCUGCAGCGGCUGGACUUCAGCGUUCGUGGAUACAUGAUGUCAAAGCCCAUUGAUAAUCAGUUCCUGCGGAAGCCUAUCCGAGGUGCAGCCUCAGGUGAAGCUAGUGACAGUGAGGAGGAGUUGGCUGCUUUCUGCCCAACAUUUGAUGAUGCUGUUGUUGCUAAGGAGCUUGCACUGACAGACUCUGAACACUCUGAUGCUGAGGUGUCCUACACUGACAAUGGGACAUUUAACCUAUCACGUGGUCAGACCCCACUCACAGAGGGCUCUGAGGACCUUGACAGACACAGUGAUGCUGAAGAAUCCUUUGCUCAAGACCUCCCGGACUUUCCCUCCAUAAACCCUGAUGCCACUUUGAUGGAUGAUGAUGACGACACAAGCAUUGGGUUGCCUAGUCUGGGUCCAUCUGGACUAGCUAGUCACCGGGCUUCAGUACUGGAUGUGGAUGCUCACCUGGACUCCGACCAGGAUGAUCUGGAUGCAGAACUUUCUCUCAGCGGCCUGCCACCUGCCUCUGAUUUCACUGGAGACUUGGCCGGAGUCAUCGCCAGCAACAUGAUCCAGGCAGCGCUGGCCGGGGCAAUGCAGCCUCGGCCUCCUGCUACCCAGCGCAGAGAAGGCCCUCCCAAAGCCGGAGCCCACCGAAACUACCGUAAGCAGUCCAGCUCUGAGCUGGACACAGACUUGGAUGGAGAGGACUUUGAAAUGCUGGAUCAGUCUGAACUGAACCAGAUGGAUCCCCUUGGAGGAGGAGGCGCUACGAGACGGGGAGAGAGCCAGGGGUCUAACUUCUUAUCUAGCCUGCUGGGUAAACCACAGUAAAGUGUGAGUGCGUGCGUGAGAGUGUGUGUGUGCGUGUGUCUGUGUCUGUGUGUCUGUGUGUGUGUGUACGUUGAUGAGCUGUGAAAGUGUGAAAGAUGAUUUUAGGUUCCAGCAGCCCUGCUUCUGAUUGGCAUCAGUUUAUCACUGUGAAGUAUUUUAUUUUUUCUAUCUUUUCAAACUCUUUCUCCCCUACUUUUAAACCCUCAUCAUCCAGAAAACCUUUACUUUGUAGGCUGAGCAAUAGAAAGUGCAGCAACAAAUAUAUAACACAGACAUUAAAUAAACCAGCAUUACUGAGCCUUGUUGCAGUCCUGUAACUUUAUGCACCCACAAGUUAUAAGGGCACUUGUUAGUGAGUAUAAAUGACUAUAAACAACAGUGCCCAUAAAAUAUUUUCUACUAGGUCUAGACAUACAGGGCUAUUUAACAUGGGACCAAAUAUGACAUUCCUGUUGGUUGAGCUGAGCCAUGUUGCUUUGUUAAUGCCAUUAUGGAACAGCAUUUCAUGUUUUGAGUUUAUUCAGUGAGUGGAAUAGAUGAGAUCUAUAAAGCAGGCCCCACUUAUUCCAUCACGUUUUGUCAAAGAAACAGCAGUUCGUGUUGCUGUGGAUGUUAGUCCUCUGCUGUCCUUUCAAAUGACGUGGCCGUAACCUGUUAGAAGAUGAUUUAUUUGAGGUAUACAGAGACAAAUUUAUAUUUUUUAAACACCUGUCAGCAGUUGAAGAUUUGGACAAGAUGAAUAAUAUUUGGAUAAAAGUUUCAUUUUACUUUUCUGUGUGAUUUUCUUUACUGUUUUCCUUUUCUACUGACAAACACAUGAAGACACAUUCAUACGUUAUUAGGAGCUUAUUUUAGAGAGAGGAAAGUCACAUUACAGUCUUAAGAUAUCUGACCCAGGGGAGCAUUUGAUGUUAUGUUUGUUGUUCAUAGUACUUAUGAAUUUGUGCCCCAGGGUGAGGCAUGUUUCAGAAUAUUUCAGAAUAUUUUUUCAUUUUCCUGUUCCCUUUUAUACAGCUCAAUAACAUAUUGUGUCCAUGUUUGAUACCUUGAAUAAGCCCUCAGCUUUGUGUGUUUUCUGUUUAAGAAGUAAACAGAUUUUUUAAAAAUAUCUUUUAUCAUCCUUGCAUUUCAUGUAGUUGACAGGCAUGCUGAACAUUUUAAGAAAAAAAAUCAAAUAUUCUUCAAGUCAUGGAUCUUUAACUAUUUUAAGGGGAAACAUGUUUACAUCAAAAUUGGGCAUAGAAAGUUUUCCUCAUAUCCUUUUUUAAAGUAUUAGUAUAUAAAAGUUUAAAGUGGCAUUGUGUGCUGGUCAGCCUGAUUUCCUCUCGAGGGACACACCAUGUCUGUAUGUCAGAAUUUUACAGUGGAAAUGGCACUUCAAACAUAAAUAAGCCACAUUUGAGAUUUAAUGAAAUCAUAUAUCAAAGAGUAUAAAAAUGCUGUUUGUUUUUUUUUAAUAGAGAAAAAACACAUUGCUUGCUUUCAAUGUGCUAUUUUGAGAAGAAAAUCAUAGCUGCGAGAGAUUUAGCACAAUAGGAAAAUAAACUGCUGGAUCCACCCUCAUGGAAGUGAUGUAGAAAAAUUGUGCACUGAAAGGAAAUUACUGGGAUUUUGAGACUAAAGAUGAAGAAGAGGAGGGGAAGUUAGUAUCAGUUUGACCACCUCAGUUAACAAGAAAGUUCCUCAUUGCUGCUCCAUGAAGAGACAGUUCCUCAGUAUGAGUGAUCUGUAGUUUGAUAAUGUAAUGUGCAUAGUAGUGUAUUUUCUUCUCUGUAACUGGUUUUGAUAUGUUUUGAUGUGCAAAUCGUAUUGAAUAAAAUGUUUGCAAUUA